UUCUCGCGAGGCCAGGUGGAGCGGAGCCGGAAGGAGCUGCGCGGUGUGGAGGUCGUUGGAGUCAUCUGGUGGCUGACAACUUCUUCGCUUGCCAGUCGGCGCUCCGCCGGUCCCAGCCAUGCUCUCUGCCUUUGCCCGGCCUGCCUGCGCCGCUCUUCGCCGCAGCUUCAGCUCCUCAGCCCAGAAUAAUGCUAAAGUAGCUGUGCUAGGGGCUUCUGGAGGAAUCGGGCAGCCCCUUUCGCUUCUUCUGAAGAACAGCCCCUUAGUGAGCCGCCUGACCCUCUACGAUAUCGCUCACACACCUGGAGUGGCUGCAGAUCUGAGCCACAUCGAGACCAGAGCGACUGUGAAAGGCUAUCUUGGACCUGAACAGCUGCCAGACUGCCUGAAAGGUUGCGACGUGGUGGUUAUUCCAGCUGGAGUCCCGAGAAAACCAGGCAUGACCCGGGAUGACCUGUUCAACACCAAUGCCACAAUUGUGGCCACCCUGGCUGCUGCCUGUGCCCAGCAUUGCCCUGAAGCCAUGAUCUGCAUCAUUGCCAACCCGGUUAACUCUACCAUCCCGAUCACAGCAGAAGUUUUCAAGAAACAUGGAGUAUACAACCCCAAUAAAGUCUUUGGUGUGACAACCCUGGACAUUGUCAGAGCCAACAAUUUUGUUGCAGAACUGAAGGGUUUGGAUCCAGCUCGAGUCAACGUCCCUGUCAUUGGUGGCCAUGCUGGGAAGACCAUCAUCCCCCUGAUCUCUCAGUGCACUCCCAAGGUGGACUUUCCCCAGGACCAGCUGACAGCACUCAUUGGGCGGAUCCAGGAGGCCGGCACGGAGGUUGUCAAGGCUAAAGCUGGAGCAGGCUCUGCCACCCUGUCCAUGGCAUAUGCUGGGGCCCGGUUUGUCUUUUCCCUCGUGGAUGCAAUGAAUGGAAAGGAAGGAGUUGUUGAGUGUUCUUUUGUUAAGUCACAAGAAACGGACUGCACCUAUUUCUCCACACCAUUACUGCUGGGGAAAAAGGGCAUCGAGAAGAACCUAGGCAUUGGCAAAAUCUCCUCGUUUGAAGAGAAGAUGAUAGCGGAGGCCAUUCCUGAGCUGAAAGCCUCCAUCAAGAAAGGAGAAGAGUUUGUAAAGAACAUGAAAUGAGAAAGCGAUUAAUAAGCAACCAGCUUCCUUAAUUUAUUAAGGCCUCAUGUCACUGUAAAGCCAUUUCAGAUAACUUUGUAUUUUAAUUUGCUCUGAUGAACAUUACAUUAACGUCAUUAUCCCUUCCAAAUUGUGGGUUGAUCUGUUGGUGCAUCAAUAAAAGCAGUCUUUGAUUUUCUUUUUCAA